UCCACUUGACUGAGCUGCAGGGAACACAGCAUGGACAGAUGCAGCUGAGGUGUGGGGCAUGUGCAAAACAAUUUUUUUUCAGUGCAAAAUGUCACCAGCAGCAUGUGAGAGAGAACACUUUCAUUAGGGGUGUGGAGAGGAUGUCACUUGCAAAGAUCUGCAAUUUCAAUGUGUCCCAGGAUGAUUUCACCUGUGGGGAGGUUGGGCAGGGCACACUUUCUUGGUCAGGGCAUCUCCACCUAAAAGCUGAUCAGACCAGGGACAGGCCAAAUGAUAUUUCCAUGGGUGGUUUGAUGUUUCAAAGGAGAAAAGAUUUUUGCACCAGAAAAGAAUGUGAGGAAGAUCCUGGCAGCAGUAAUCUUCGUCAUCAUCAGAGAGUUCGGACUGGAGGAAAGCCUUAUAAAUGCAGUGAAUGUGGGAAAUCUUUUACCACUAAUUACCACCUUCGUAGACAUCAGAGACUUCACACAGGAGAAAAGCCUUAUAAAUGCACUGAGUGUGAGAAAUCUUUUACCACUAACACUGACCUUCGUUAUCAUCAGAGAAUUCACACAGGAGAAAGGCCUUAUAAAUGCAGUGAAUGUGGAAAGUCUUUUACAAGUAGCAGUAGUCUCCAAUAUCAUCAGAGAGUGCAUACUGGAGAAAGGCCUUAUAAAUGUAGUGAAUGUGGAAAGUCUUUUACAAGUAGCAAUAGUCUCCAGUAUCAUCAGAGAGUGCACUCUGGAGAAAGGCCUUAUGAGUGCAAUGAAUGUGGAAAAUCUUUUAUCACUCAGCCUCAACUUCAUAGUCAUCAGACCCUUCAUACAGGAGAAAAGCCUUAUAAAUGCAGUGAAUGUGGGAAAUCUUUUACCACUAAUUACCACCUUCGUAGACAUCAGAGACUUCACACAGGAGAAAAGCCUUAUAAAUGCACUGAGUGUGAGAAGUCUUUUACCACUAACACCGACCUUCGUUAUCAUCAGAGAAUUCACGCAGGAGAAAAGCCUUAUAAAUGUAUUGAAUGUGGAAAGUCUUUUACAAGUAGCGUUGGUCUCCAAUAUCAUCAGAGAGUGCACACUGGAGAAAGGCCUUAUAAAUGUAGUGAAUGUGGAAAGUCUUUUAUAAGUAGCGUUGGUCUCCAACAUCAUCAGAGAGUGCAUACUGGAGAAAGACCUUAUAAAUGUAGUGAAUGUGGAAAGUCUUUUAUAAGUAGUGUUGGUCUGCAGUAUCAUCAGAGAGUUCAUACUGGAGAAAGGCCUUAUAAAUGUAGUGAAUGUGGGAAGUCUUUUAUAAGUAGCUUUGGUCUCCAAUAUCAUCAGAGAGUGCACACUGGAGAAAGGCCUUAUGAUUGCAAUGAGUGUGGAAAAUCUUUUAAGUCUGUGUCUCACCUUUAUAAUCAUCAGAGAGUUCAUACAGGAGAAAAGUCUUAUCAAUGCAGUGAGUGUGAGAAAUCUUUUACCACUAGCACUGCCCUUCGUUAUCAUCAGAGAGUUCAUACAGGAGAAAAGCCUUAUCAAUGCACCGAAUGUGGGAAAUCUUUUACAUACCGGCGUACCCUUUGUAAUCAUCAGAGAGUUCAUACUUGAGAAAAGCCUUAGAAAUGCAGUGAAUAUGGGAAAUCUUUUAUAUGGAGGCAUCGUCUCCAAUAUCAUGAGAGAGUUCACACUGGAGAAAGACAUGAUGAGUGUAAUUAAUGUGAGGUAUCUCUCAGGUAUAUUUCUAAAUUUGCUCUCCACAUAAGAGUCCAAAUGUGAGAAAUUUAUUAGAUGUGUAGGAAAUGAAGUUUCUUAUAUGGACUUAACAAUAGUACAAGAAAAUUUGUGAAUCCUCAUUUUUCUGAAUUAUAUCUCAUACAUGUACUCACCUAUAUUAUGUAAAGUUCCUGUAAGUGUUUUUGCUGCUGUGUGUGUUUGCUUAUGUUGGAACACUAUGUAAUUAUGUUUCACUUUGUAACAUACAGAGAUGUCCUGCCAGAUCUAUGUCACUGCAUAUUUCUGUUGCUGAAGGUAUUUCACCUGAACCACCUAUAAGGUCCCUACAGGUUGCAUCAAUCACCAUCGUCAUGUGCCCAGGGAAGCUAAUUCUGUUGUCUAAUUUGUUGAGGGAAAUUAGGAAUACCUGAGCCCUUAGUUCUUACUUGUUUCCCUGUCAUGAGUUUGCCAGAAAGGACUGAUUACUGUUGGCCCCAGUAAACAUAUUGUUGUAGAGGGACUGCCAUUUUCAGGAACACACUUUCCCUAGAUGCCAGUGAUGAAUUUAUUGAGUACCUAAGUCUUCAACUGCCAGACCAGGUCUCUUUCUUUGCAAAAUAAUGAAGGCCUUUUCCUAACACUUGUUUAAUUUUGGUGUUCUAUUUACUGUGUGUGUUAGUUUGUUAGGAGAUCUGGGCUCUCCAUGUUUGGUGAUGUGAAAAACUUUUAUGUGGUCUCCAACAUUUUUGACAUCGAGGGAAGACUAUGGUGCAGAAAUUAGCUCAGCAGUUUUUGCCAGAUUUACAUUGUUUCCCAUAAUUUUCCUAUUAAACACUGUGGACUCUAAUCCUCAUGUGAAGAUGGAUGCUUUGA